ACGGCGGGUCGUGACAGGAGUCCCGGCUGGACGUUCUAAUUUUUUUUACCUUGCGCAGUUGGUACGGAACGAGUGUCGGUGUAAGGCCUGGAGCGGUGUUGUGUCUGAUUGUGGUGUUGUUGGUGCGUGCGUGCGUGACUCUGCUUUGCCAAGAGAGGAUUCCACAGGACCUGUCCACUCUUAGAAUUUUAAAUCAUGGCCCAGGUGAUGACCUUCAGAGAUGUGGCCAUACAGUUCUCCCAGGAGGAAUGGGAGUACCUGAACCCAGAGCAGAGAAACUUGUACACAGAUGUGAUGUCUGAGAACUAUAGCAACUUUGUCUCAGUGGGACUUAGCAUUUACCAGCCACAUGUGAUCUCCUUAUUGGAAAAAGAACAAGAGGCUUGGAUAGAACUGGAUGAGGAGAGAAGAGGAUUUUGCCCAGAUCUACAGUCCACAUGGCAGGCCAGGAAGAUAUCAAAAAAUAGGUCACUUGAAAGUGUAUUAUCCCCAUGGGAAAUCCUGGAAGUCUGUACAAAUGACAGCCUUGAAGGUUUCUGCUUGUCAGGUGAUUGUGAAAGUAAAAGUCCACCAGAAACACAGUAUGAAAACGAUUCACAUUGCCAGCAAGUCACAGCCACCUAUGAAAAAACACCUACUUCCAACCAGCUCUCAACUUUCACUCAACAUGCUGGACUCAGUACAGGAGACACACUGUAUGCACAUAAAUGUGAAGAAGACUUUAGUUUUGGCUCAGAUGAUACUCAAAAUCAGUUAAUUCAUACGGGUGAGAAAUUAUGGGAAGAUCAGGAGCAUGGGAAAACUUUCAUUCUUGAUUUAGAACUUACUCAAUAUCAGUCAGUUCACCCUGGUAAGAAAACAUUUGAAUGUAAAGAAUGUGGCAAGGCUUUUAGUUUCCGGUCAAGUCUUACUGGUCAUAUGCGAAUUCAUACAGGGGAGAAACCUUAUAAAUGUAAGGAAUGUGGGAAGGCCUUUCGAUUUCACUCACUACUUAGUGUCCAUAAACGAAUUCAUACUGGGGAGAAAUUUUAUGAAUGUAAGGAAUGCGGGAAGUCUUUUAAUUAUAGCUCAGACCUAACUCGACAUCACAGAAUUCAUACUGGUGAGAAGCCCUAUGAAUGUCAGGAGUGUGGGAAAGCCUUCAGCUGUGGCUCAGACCUUACUCGACACCAGAGAAUUCAUACUGGUGAAAAGCCCUAUGAAUGUAAUGAAUGUGGGAAGGCCUUUAGUCAGCAAUCCCAUCUUAUUAAACAUUACAGAAUCCACACUGGUGAAAAGCCCUAUGUCUGUAAGGAGUGCGGGAAAGCUUUUACUUGUGGGUCACAACUCACUCAACAUCAGAAAAUCCAUACUGGGGAGAGACUACAUAAAUGUAAGGACUGUGAAAAAGCCUUUAGCUCUGGCUCCAACCAUCCUCAACAUCAGUUUCUGUAUACUGGUGAGAAAUUCUUUGAAGAUAAGGAAAAUGGGAAGACCUUUUUGCCUGACUCAGAACUCAUUCAUUCUCAAAGUAUUGCCAUUAUGGAAUUUCACAAGUUGGGAAAAUUUGUUCUGUAAGUAUUACAAUAAACAGGCCAUUUUUAUUCAUGGUGA